AUGGAGAUGUCAAGUUCUUCUGCGGCUGUCCUCACCCGACCUCGACUAGCUAUCCUCACUGCAGCCGCCGCCUUCUGUGUGAGCAUCUACUUCGUUCACCAGUCGCGCGAGACCUCACUACAUCCCGAGCGUCAUGGCGGCACUCUCCACAGAAGCAAUGCCGUUCGUCGGCACCGCCGACGUCCUACGAAUGCUUCCGAAUCAUCGGCAGCCGAGUCGCACGCUGACGAGAAUGUCAAUAUCAACGAACUGCGCAUGACCGAUGGCGAAACUGUCGCCGCCGACGAACAGCAAGACGACGAAUGGUGGAACGACCCUGCUAGUAUGCCUCAGCAGCGUGCCGGUCAGAAUAUCGUCAGUCUGCUGUUCCGGGUGUCCGAGGACAACGCGCGUAGAAAUGCCUACGUACACAGAGGCUGCAUGUGUAAUGCGUGCGGUAUAGUCCCCAUCCGCGGUAUUCGCUACCGCUGCGCCAACUGCGCCGACUUCGACCUCUGCGAGACUUGCGAAUCGCAAGGCCUACACAUCAAGACCCAUAUCUUCUACAAAGUCAAGAUCCCUGCGCCGCCGUUCGGCCCUCGAUCCAUGCAACCCGUCUGGUACCCUGGCGACCCCGACACCUGCCUACGAAAUCUUCCACGAACGUUGAUGGUGAAACUGUCGCGAGAGACGGGCUUCGAACGGCCAGAGCUCGAGGCUUUCUGGGAGCAGUGGACAUUUAUCGCGAACACCGAGUGGCGAGAAGACCCCGACGAUCUGUGCCUGGCUAUGGAUCGGAAGACGUUCGAGAGAUGCUUGGUGCCCUCGGGCGGACAUAGACAUACAGCGCCCAACUUGAUCCACGACCGAAUGUUUGCAUUCUACGACACCAACAACGAUGAUCUGAUCGGCUUCACGGAGUUCCUACAUGGCUUGUCUUAUCGGAAACGGAAGGACAAGCUUCGAAGGAUAUUCGACGGCUAUGACGUUGACCGGGACGGCCUUGUCAGUCGACGCGAUUUCUUGCGCAUCUUCCGCGCAUACUAUGUGCUCUACAAGCAGAUGCAUAGGGACAUCCUGGAGGGUUUAGAUGACCAGGUUAUGAACAGCACAGAAGCCCAUCAGCUAGUCACUAGCCGCCAGCCUUUGAGCAGCCUGUUUGGGCGCGAGGGGCGCUUCCCUCAAGCUGAUCAUGGGCGACACAUGGAGGGCAAGAUGUACCACAGCAAUGGUGAUGUGACCAUCGGUGACGGCAGGGAUCGAGUGGUGAAUGAAGAUCAGCCAGAUACAGGAGACCGAGACGAGAUUCUCACAAGUCUCUUCAACCAUAGGGGGAGUCAUGGCUUGUUCAUCGAGAACCCCUUCUCGCCAACCUCCGAAAAUUUUCAAUCUCCGAAUGGCGAGAUCCCAUCCCACACAUAUUUCGACGCUUUGCUCAAUCCACCCACACGGGUUGACGAGCUUCCCGCUCUGCUCGUAGGCGAGCGUGAACCUGAGUCCAUGUUCAUUAACGAAGAAGAAGUACAACAGAAUGGAGAAGGCGGCCGCGAGAGCGGCAGUUCGGACGGAGAGAAUGUGCCGAAUCAUAACGAGACUAACGGCGAAGUGCAAGAUUCCGCGGCGCAGGAGUCUAGCGCCCACGCAAUUGGCGAGAGGCGUCUCAGUGAAGUCCUCGGAAGGCAGCGCGACGACGAGCAGUGGACGAAUAGAAUUCCUACUGAGGACCAGCUUCGUGCUCGACACCAAGCUGUCGUUGCUAAGAGCCAACAGGCAGCCAUGAAUAGGAAGACCAGGGUUGCAGCACGGAAGAAGCUCUUGGAAAGAUGGAAGAGACGCCAAUUCUAUCUUGAUGAGGAAGAAGGAGCCUUGCCUCCCGACGGAUGGAAAGAUGAUGACGAUGUGCUCGUCAAUACGAACGGAGGAGCUGAGAGUUCUGCUACUCCACAGAUCCUAUCUCCUAGGUCUCGGUCAUCUUCCAAGGUGCGCUUUGCUGAGGAUACUGACGACUACGAGAUUCGCUCAAAUCCAUCAACCUCUUCUCGAAGUGUUCCUGAGCGAUGGGGUGGUAUAGAUAUCCCAGAUGCUGAGAGAGAUGCUGGCAAGGAGAUCCUCUACCAGGUUACCCAACAAGCCUUUAACGAGCUACUUGACGUGCUCUUCAAGGCUAAGGAAGAUCUUGCUGUACGUGCUGCUGAGACUAAGGCAGACCGGGACAGGCAUAGGGUCCUCUUUGAAUCCAUCGAUCUCGUCGAGGAGGCAAGAAAGAAGUCAGAACAGGCGAAAACAGUGGAGAACGGAUGGGCUGAAGACACCACUGUAGGCGGCGAGAGCACACCCCUCCGCGAUAGGCCCUUGGAAGAGUUGCUUGAAGUCACAGGAUACUCCAUCAACAGACCUCACGAAGAAGCUGCCGCGGAGGAGCCAAUGCCAGAGUUGGAGGUCGUGGAAGAGAUCUUGGCCGACGAACAGGAUACAGACAAAGUCAAGAGCCCGGAGCCUACAGUCAAAGAUGCUCCGGCAGCAGAAUCUACUGACGAGAGCACGCUUGACCGUGAUCCCACAAUGCCUCAAUUCCGCCCGAACAGCAUUGCCGAUCUGCAGCAUCCAUUUAAUGUCACCGUUCCUGUCGCUACAGACUCCGAAAUGAGCACACCGUCUACCGACGACGCCAGCUUAUUUGAGACGUGGCCCAGUGGUCACUUGAAGUGGAUAAAGACGAGAAAGUCGAAGGGGCUUAAGAAACCUCUUCCCACGCCGAUUCCGCACUCGACUCUCGUCGAAUGGAAGAAGCUAGAUAUGGCUGAGGAGGAGGCAAAAGCGCGCGGCGGCUGGGGAAGGCUGAAGUACCAUGAGUUCGAGGAAAUCUGCAGAAAGGAGGAGAGUGGGUCUAAUAGGCUGGACUAUCUGGGGACUUGGAUCGACUUCUGCAUCCCUUAG